AUGCUCAAAGGUAACAACUUAGCCGUUCAUCUUGAAUGGUUUAAAGAAGCAAAGCCAAAUCUACCUCCGAAACAGCUAAUAGACGCGGUGUUGCGGGAAUACCCAUCGCAACCUCUACCUUUGACUACGACUAGGCCGGCUUGUAACAACUACCACCACCAGAACCAAGUAACGCAGAAUGUUUCGAUUGUUGGAGACUGCGUUGUAACUACAAUGUCGAAAGACGACAAUAGAGCCCUAGUUGCACCAGAGUCGCGGACGCGAACAGGAAUGGGGCCCGAGAUGGCAACGACGACGCGUCCAAACAAAAGCCAGCAGUCAGCCACCAACAUAAACUCAUCUUUCAGCAUCUCCUCGUACAUGGAAACACCGUCCCAGCCAUCAGCAUCAAGGAAACCGAAAAAAAAAUCUCCCGUGCAACAACACGAGGUUUCGAAGUUCUUCCAAACCGGCCCUCGCACCCAAACACUGUUGGAUGUGAUUGAUCUCACGUUUGACUUUAGUCCUCCAAAGAAACGUCUGGCGCUGGAAGCAGCCUCGAACUCGCAAACGAAAAAAUCGAAAACUGGCAUAAAUAACAAGAAAGACCAUGAAAGGCUACGGCAGUACAUGGAGCUCUCCAGGCUUCAAGAAGGCAAAAUCACACUAUUGCAAGAAAAGUUUGUCACCAGUGAGUCGACAUCCAUCUCGCUAGAUCAGAAACAGGAGCACUAUGCUAUUCUACAGUCGCGGGUAGAAGCACUCGACGUCCAAAUAGCCACAUUGCGAAGCCUAAUCGACUCUUAUCCUGCAAACGAGCUUCCCUCGCCACCGGAGUUUAAACGGGCCGACCCCAAUCCUAACCCUGCUAUCCCUGCAAUCCCUGCAAUCUCUGCAAUCCCUCACCCUAAUACUAAUACUAACACUAAUACCGCCAAUUACUCAACAACGCAAAGCAAUGUCGAAGUCACCGACGACAUUGAUGAGUCAACUAACGAAGUGCCCGUGUUUCGACCGCCGGCACGACCAACUCCAAUAGCACAGGCACGCCAGAUUGUUUCCAAUACACCAGCAAAUGAAGACGACAACUACGGCAACUACGACAAUAAUCUGUUGGCAGAGAUUGAGGAUGACUUUGGCGAGCAAACAAUGGAGGGGCUCAGAACACCUACUCAGGAGCGAGAUUUACUCGAUGACAUGGGGAGCUUCAUCGACGACGGUUCCAUUGCCGAACCCGAAGAUGACGACGAUGACGACGACGAUGAUGAUUAUACUGCUGCUGCUGAGCUGCAGUACGCUCUUCCCAUUGAUAAAGACGAAUUGGAUGAUCUUAGACUAUCCCCCGAUGUGGCACGAAAAUUCGGAAUCAAUUAUGAUGAUGAUGAUGAAGGUCCCCCUCCACUCUCACUAGUGCAUAAGAGGGAACCACCGAAUGGUUCCGAUGUGAGUGGCUCUAAUAUGAGUGGCUCUCAUGUGUCCUCUUCUAACCAAGAAACAAGUCACGAUGCAGUAGAAGACGACGACGACGACGGCGGCGGCGACGACGGCGGCGGCGGCGACGACGGCGGCGGCAUUGACCAUGGUUUCGUUGACGACAUCGAGUUCUCGACGCAGUUGAACCAGGAGCGUGAAAUCGACGUGAUUGAAAUUGAAUCUGAAGACGACGAUGAAAACACGGCGUUGAGCGAUUUGAUUGUACCGCGUUUUGCUGAAUCCAACCACGACAGCAGCAAGACCAAUGGCGCCGCGACAAUGAACAUUUCAGCUGGUCUCAAUGCUCAGGCUGCUACGUUUCUACAUUCACAACUGGAAAAUGAAGCUCAAGCAAGCGGCGGCCGUCCUCUACCACCACCAACACCACAACCACCACUACUCAAUCUUGACUCUGAGGAUGAAUUCAGCGAUGAAGACGAUGAGUUGAUGCAAAUCAUCAACGGUGCCAAGGAACUGAGAAGUUCUCGAGUUGUUCCACCAGGCUCAGAAUUGUUUAUUGAUGAAAUCUACACCACUUUGAACCGCACGUUCAAAUUGCAGUCGUUUCGGCCCAACCAGUUGGAAGCCAUCGUUGCCACCAUAUUGAAAAAAGAUUGCUUUGUGUUGAUGCCAACUGGAGGUGGGAAAUCGCUCUGUUACCAGCUACCUGCGUUGAUCAAAGGCGGCAAAAGCCAAGGCACAACCGUGGUGAUCUCGCCCCUUAUCUCCUUGAUGCACGACCAAGUGCAGCAUCUUGUCAAAAUGGAUGUCAAGGCCGGUAUGAUCAGUUCCAGAGCCAGCACUGAGGAUAACAAACACACCGUGAACCUUUUCCGCGACGGGUUGCUCGAUAUCGUCUACUUGUCGCCGGAAAAGGCCAACAAGUCGGCCAUGAUCCAAAGGAUCAUCGGCAAGUUGUACGAUCAAAACAAAUUGGCCAGAGUUGUUAUUGACGAGGCGCACUGCUUGAGUUCGUGGGGCCACGAUUUCCGUCCAGAUUACAAAGGUAUGAGUUUCUUUAAAGAGCAAUAUCCAGCUGUCCCCGUUAUGGCAUUGACUGCCACUGCUAAUGAAAAAGUGCGUAUGGAUAUCAUUCAUAAUUUGAAAUUGAAAUCACCGGUUUUCCUCAAACAGAGCUUCAACAGAACCAACUUGUUUUACGAGAUCAAGUGGAAAAAGAAGGACUACGUGGAGGAGAUUAAAGAAUAUAUUGUAAGGCGCUUCCCAAAAAGCACCGGUAUCUUGUUUUGCCACAGUAAACAAGCGUGUGAAGACGUGUCGGAUAAAUUGAAUCAGCUUGGCUUAUCAACGGGGUACUAUCAUGCGGGGAUGUCGACGGAGGAGCGGUUUGCAGCACAGCAUCUUUGGCAAACGGGCAAGAUCAAAGUCGUGUGCGCCACGAUUGCAUUUGGUAUGGGGAUCGACAAGGCCGACGUGCGAUUUGUGAUUCACCUAUUCAUUCCAAGAAGCUUGGAAGGCUACUACCAGGAAACUGGGCGUGCUGGACGUGAUGGCAAUUUCUCCGAAUGCAUUUUAUACUAUUGCUAUAAAGAUGCCAGGUCACUUCAAAACUUGAUUCACAGGGACGAAAAUCUCACAGAAGAAGGCAAGGAGAACCAUUUGGCGAAAUUGAGACAGGUUGUUCAAUAUUGCGAAAACACCACCGAUUGUCGGCGGCAGCAAGUGUUGCACUACUUCAACGAAUCCUUCAGCCCCGCCGAAUGUAGAAAGAACUGCGACAACUGCAAAAACUAUAACCAUGUCACGGUGGUGGAAAAGGACUGCACCGAGUAUGCCCAGGACAUAAUCAAACUAGUCAAGUCGAUCCAAAGCGAAAAAGUCACCGUGUUGCAUUGCCAAGACGUCUUCCGUGGCUUGAAACAUAACAAGAUCACCAAGAUGGGCCAUAACAAUAACCCUUACCACGGCAAAGGGAAAACCCUCGAUAAAACCGAUGCUGAACGAAUCUUUUUCUAUUUAUUAAGCGAAGAGUGUCUUGUUGAGUACCAGGUUAUGAAGGCGGGGUUUGCUUCCAAUUACGUUCGAGCCGGUAAGCAUGCUUCGAAAGUGCUCAAUGGUCGAAAGAAGAUUAAAAUCCAAUUUAGCUCUGCCUAG